AUGGUGCAUAUCCUGCUCCGGCAUGGGGCAGAUAUUAACUCGACAAAUCACUUCGCUCAGACACCUCUUUGUCUGGCCGCAUAUGAAGGCCACUGUGAAAUAAUCAACAUUCUUCUUGAUCAUGGUGCGAUUAUGGGGUUUCCCAACCUUGACAAGGACCACUUGGCCUAUGAAUACUGGUUUUCCCCACUUCAUGCCGCAGUUGAGGAAUUUGAGGAAGGCGAUAAAAGCACGGCUGCGCUGGAGCUACUUAUAAGCCGUGGUGCUGAUGUGAAUAUGUUAGAUGGAAGCGGAGAAACUGCGUUACAUUGGGCUGCAUCAUUCGGUGCUAAUUCUAUGAUUCAGGCUCUCCUUGAGCACGGUGCCGAUGUAAACCGUCCAAAUCUCGACGGACAUACGGCAUUGCAUAUCGCAGCAGAGCAUACAGAACGAGUAGAUACGAUCCAAAUUCUUCUCGAUCGAGGGGCUGACUGGAGAUUCACAACCACAAUUGGCUUUACCCCUCUCCAGGUUGCUAAGGAGUUUGGCCACGUGGCUAACGUGAGGUUACUUGAGCAACACAUUGCUUCCGUUGAUUCUCUCUCGGCAGAAGAAUCGGACAUGAUCAAUGUAUUAUGUUAUCCUUAA